UAUUGUGAGGAUGUUCGUGUAGUGAUGAGGCAACGGAGUUACUGUAAAGUCUGUGGCGAAAAGGUCGUUUUAUAGACCCCAGACUUCGGAUUGAUACCGAUUAUAAAUGCAACUUAAAGGCUACAUUUUACCGCGUCCUCUGUAAAAAGUGGCUAACUCUGAGUUACAACUGGGAACAAGGAGGCGGUAACGUGACAGUAAUUUCGGCCAAAAUGAACGCAAGUAAAAGCAAAGACAGCGGUGAAGUUAUUAGAAACUACCACAAGCAGGCGUUUGAGUAUAUAUCGAAGGCAUUAAAGAUCGACGAAGAUGAUACAGGGGAAAAGGAGCAGGCUGUGCGGUGGUACCAGAAAGGAAUCGAUGAGCUUGAAAGGGGAAUUGCGGUCGAGCUCACGGGACAAGGAGAGCAAUAUGAACGAGCAAAGAGACUUCAAGAUAAGAUGAUCUGCAAUCUCACCAUGGCGAAAGACAGACUUGCCCUUUUAGACGCAACACUGGCAUCUAAAAGGAGCUGUGAUCCCCAGAAGACCUCAAAUCAUGUUCUUCCACAAGCGAAGCCGGUGCCUAAAAGCCAGCCUGCAGGGCGAGGCAUGUCCACAACCGUCAGGCCUUCCUCUGCUGUCAGACCCUCAUCUAGACCCGCUGAGGCAAAGGUGACCCCGCGGAUGGGAAAAGCUCAAAAUGGAAAACCGGCAGCUGUGAAACAGCCUCCAAAGAGGGAUAUGAAAAACUUCAAGAACGUUGACAGCAAACUGGCCAACUUGAUCAUGAAUGAAAUUGUUGACAGUGGAGCGUCUGUAUCUUUUGAAGACAUCGCGGGACAGGAGCUGGCCAAGCAAGCACUCCAGGAGAUCGUCAUCCUCCCGGCCCUAAGACCAGAGCUCUUUACUGGUUUGAGAGCUCCAGCACGUGGCUUGCUUUUAUUUGGCCCACCUGGAAAUGGGAAAACCAUGCUGGCCAAAGCAGUCGCAGCCGAGUCAAAUGCCACAUUCUUCAACAUCAGCGCUGCCAGUUUGACUUCUAAAUAUGUGGGAGAGGGCGAGAAGCUUGUACGAGCACUGUUUGCAGUUGCCAGAGAAUUACAGCCCUCUGUCAUCUUCAUCGAUGAAGUUGACAGCUUGCUCUGUGAAAGGAGGGAGGGAGAACACGAUGCCUCUCGUCGAUUAAAAACCGAGUUCCUCAUUGAGUUUGAUGGGGUGCAGUCAGGAGGGGAUGACAGGGUGCUUGUAAUGGGAGCGACCAACAGGCCUCAGGAGCUCGAUGAAGCAGUGCUGAGGCGCUUUGCAAAGAGGGUUUAUGUGGCGUUGCCGGAUGCAGAGACAAGAUUCACUCUGCUGAAAAAUCUUCUGGGAAAGCAGGGGAAUCCACUGAGCAAGAAUGAGCUGUCUUCUCUUGCCAAAGCGACUGCAGGAUAUUCAGGAAGUGACCUCACGUCGCUAGCCAAAGAUGCUGCACUUGGGCCGAUUCGAGAGUUGGGACCAGACCAAGUCCGAAGUAUGGCUGCGAGUGAGAUGCGUAACAUCAAGAUGAAAGACUUUGAGGACUCCCUGAAGCGCGUUAAGCCCAGUGUUAGCCCAGCAACUCUUAACAUGUAUUCCAAAUGGAACAAAGAUUUCGGUGACACAACAGCUUUGUGAGCUCGAUAGUUCAUUUUCACUUGUAAAAAAAAACAAACAAACAAAAAGAAGGUGAAAAUGAAAAAACAGUUGAUCGUCCUGUUUUAACCUACGGGUACAAGAUGUCAUUAACAAAUGAACUUCAAAACCUGGAACACUUUAUAGGUUGAUAAAGCAAUAAUAUAUGUAAAUAUUAUGCCAUUUUGCAGCAUUAUUGCUACAUUUCCUGUUUUAUGGGAAGGCUUUGCUAGUAAGAUUUGUAUGAGUUUCUUUAUUACUCUCCUAAAACACUUUUGCUACUUGAAAUUUCAUUAUUUAUUCUUAAGAAUGUCCUGCAAAAUUACAAGUGAUCUUUCUCUUGCCUCAAGAGGGCAGCAAGUUUCUGCAAAUCCUGACAUCACCUCACUGAUCCAGACUGUUUUGCACAACAUCUUUUAGUUCCCUGAUGUAUUGACAUGUCGAUGGUAUUGAUCACCAAGUGCUGUACUUGUACACAUGCCAGAGUGAUAAUAAUUGGGAGAAGAUUUGUCAAAUUGGGUUCUUUUGUUGUUUUUGGAUUUUUUUUCCAUUUGUUGCUAUAGUUUAUAGAUACUAAUGCUUUGAAAGUUUGAGACCUAAUGAAUUUUCAUGUUGGCCAGCUCUUUUUCUUUUUUUGUCAUGACAUUUAGUUGACAAUGGCUUCCCACUCUCCUCAUGCAUCAAUAAACUGGUAUAUUAAAGUCU